CGUCUCCUUAAUAGCGAAGAACAAGCGCAACGUCCGACAAUUAGUGCGCUUCCACGAGCCACGAUACGUGCUUCUUCAACGUGGAGAAGCGUUGGAAGUGGCAAAGAAGCUGCCACCACUUUUUGGUGUCGUCCUCCCUUCUUCCUACCUCUAUGAAAAGUUUGCCGUAUACAAGUUUUCUGUGCCGUCAGUCUACCUCAGGAUUCUGUUCAAUUAAUAAGUGACACGCGCGCGCGCGCGCACGCCUCAAACUUCCCAUCAGUGGUUCCUUCGUGGUGUAUGUUUGCAACAGUACAACACCAAUUGGUUCUUCUUCUACUACCCACUUUCGCGUGGUUUCGAUUGCAUUCGGUAUCGGUGGUAAACAUUUCGUUUACACGACGUGAUCUCUUCUUCGAGGAUGCACGACGAGUGAUCGGGGGAUCUUCCCAAGGGCCUCGGCGUUCACGGGUCAAUCAUGGGUGGAGUACAAAGCGGAACUCAUACUCUUGGAGAAACGUUAUGGGUGCAGGAGAAACAACGACAAAAAUGUUAUCGAGAAGGGGGACGUCACGAGGCCCAUUCAGCGCACGCCACGCAGGACCAUAGGAAGCUCUUGAAACGAACGAGGAGCCUCGCGGUGAUAUCGGAGGACGAAUCUCGACAAGAUCGAGAGGCCCACCACUUCAGACUAGGUCAGUCGACCUACGACCUGCCCCGAAGCCAUCAAUUGAUACCAAGGGCCAAGUUGAUCGAUCGAAAUUCAUUGAAGGACAGACUCUCCAAGAGUCAACAGCACCUUUCAGACUCCUACGAAAGAUUCAACGAAGAGAGAUCCUACCAUUCGCGUUCAGCUUGCGGCCUUGGCCCGAUCCCGUCGGGAUUCGAGCCUUUUACGGAUCCUCUGCCUCAUAUCCGGUGCAAUCGGACCGAUCCCGACCGAUUGAACAUCCUCGAUUGGCCCGAAUCACCGCGACGUUAUCGCAGCGUCCAAGAUCUCGAUACCGUUAGCGGUUUGGUCGACAUCGUCGAGGACACUUGGCCCAUCGAAGGCAAUCGAAGCAUCGAUUGCAUCUACACUCAGGUGAAACGCAAGCGCAAGGAACACAGAAGUCUGGACAGCAUUCUUUUCGAAGAUGACGACGAGUUAGAAUACUUUGACGUUCUUAACCUGUUACCUUUGUCGAACGUACGGCUGGAAUUCGACGAGGACGACGCAAGAAGGGAUAACAAUCUCGCCGACAACAAUGGCGUUCGUCCGGAGGUAAACAACAAUUUAAAAUCCAUCGAGUAUCAUAAAUUGAAAUUGCAAACAGGCGACGAACGGAAAUCAUGUGCAACAAGCGCGAGAAACAACGCGACCGACGAGGAGAAAUGUAAAAAAAGUACGAACAAAGAAGGGAACGGUUCGUCGCGCCAAUACAGAGGGGAGACUUUAGAUCGAGACGACGAGCUUGGAGAAAAUUUCCAAGACGAAGAAAGCUCGACGAAUUGCUUUCGGGACGAGUCCAUCGAACGAGGAUCCGCGUCGGCGUCGUCGUCGUCGUCGUCGUCGAGGACCGAUGAAGUCGAGUACAGGCCGGGCCUCGUGUUAGCGACUCACCGCGAGAAACGCGUCGACCGACAAAUCGAACAGGCGGAAGAUUACAAAUCGAUUUGGAUUUCGGACACCGAAGAGCAAGAGGACAUGUCGCGUAGGCCGCAGGUACUCAAGGUCGUCGACAACGACGUGACCAAGAGACGGCAUCGGCGCUCCUCGAUGGAAGCCGAUCCGAUAACGAGAGAGUUUAGGCAUGAUGGAAAAUUUCGCGACAACGAGAGGAAGCCAAAUGAUGGUUUCAACGUCGCGAAAUUGGACGGGAAAUCUGACAUGGGAGCCGUCGACGGAGGUUCGAAGAAUACAGAGAAGCUCGGCCAGGAAGAGGACGAGAGGAACGCGAACGCGGAGAAUGCGAAAAAUAAUUUCGAGCGAACGAACGCCACAAAGGAGAACUCGAGAAGUAAACAGAACGAGGGCAGAUUCGAAAGGAUCGUCAAGGGAACAACGAAUAUCCUUGGAAAAGCGUGCAACGCGGUGAAGGGAAGCUUGGGCUUCGAGGCGAGAUCCGAGAGCUCGGAUCUUGGAUUAGGUUCGGAAUCCGGUAGCGACACCAGGAGAAGAUCCGUCGACGACGGUAUCGAAGACGAUCGUCAGAUUUCGACGUGCGCGGAAAAGGCGUUGGCUGACAAGGCGAGCGAAAGCAACAAAGAGCACGGUACUUUGACCAGGUCCAGAAGUUGCGCGGAUUCGUUCGAGUGUCGUCGAGACGACGGCCAGGAAUUCGAUCACGUACGAUACAAGAUCGUCAAGUCCAACAUGUUCGGCAAAAAUAUGUACAACAGUGGUCGAGGUGACGUCACGUACGAAGGUCUGAUGCAGUAUUUAAGGGAGUAUUCCUUCCAAGAAUUACUGUUGGACAACAACGUGGUCAUUAUCGAGCCUGUACGGGCCGAGACGAUAGAACGAAAGUCAGCCGUCUCGGGAAAACCGAGAUCGGAGUCAACGUGCAAGAUAGCUGGGACGAUAGAAAAGAAAGCGGACACGGAGAACGCUGAAAUAGGCUGCGAAAACUCGGACAACGACAAUAUUAAAAGCCCGAAACAUUCGACCAUUAGAAAGCAUUUUUUCUACCAUCCCAUCAGGGUGAACCGCGAGCUCAUCGACGAGGAACUGCCCGACCCGGACACGGUAAGAAACGUUAGGCAAAUGUUCGAAAACAGCCUCAAGGUAAAGAAUAGCCAAUCCGUCGACCUCUUGCCAAAUUGUAAACAUCGGAAAAGCGUCAGCAUGAAGGAUUUGACGGUUAUCGACGCGGCCCGGUUUAACGAAAUAUCCGAAAAGAUUCAGGAGGGAUCCAGGUGUUCCAGCAGGGCAAAAAAUCUGACCAAGUUGUUCGAGAACAUGGAGAAGGCUACGUCCUCCAACGCGUCAUUGGCGGGGUACAAAGACGAACUCGAUAGUCCACGCUGCGAGUCGAAAACGAGGAUUCUGGCACAGACGUUCGAAGCGAGAAGCGGGCAUACGUCGCCCAGCGACUCGACUUUCUCCAAGAAUAAGGUGAAUCGUUACAAUCACAAUCACAAUCACAAUCAUCAUCAUCAUCAUCAUCAUCAUCAUCAUUGGGAUUCGGGAAGCGUCAGUUCGGGAGUAUCUAGCGAUUACCCUGAUACCGAUCCCGGCAGCGGAGGGCAAUGCAUCUCCUCGGAGGACGAGGAGAUCGACUAUCGCGACGACGAGGGUAACGAGACGACAGAUUCGAGUCACUAUGUAUCACAGGACGUUCUGAAGAAAAUUCGAGAGUGCGGCACCUCGGUUACCUACUACGGCGGCAAGGUGGUCAAUUCUAGCAACGGACCGCUGAUAUCGCCAGUCGUUGAAAACAAGUUCAAGUGCAUCGAAAGCUCCAACGAUUACGUAAAGUUUCGACUCGUCAAGAGCAAUUCUUGCGAUAGCAGGCUGGAGCUGACCGGCAGACUCGUCGAGAGUCAAUCGAGGUGUCGGAAUCGAGAACAUACAUACGACUUGAGUCGAUACACAAUCGCGGAAACUCCCAGUAUCGAGAUCACCACGAUCGAGAAACAAGAGAAAGAGGAGGAGAUGGCUAAUGGGGACGAUGAGAGAAUUCACCGCACGGAAACGAAGAGAGAGCCGCCAGUGGUGAUCGGUUUGGAGCCGAAAAAGGAGGAUAACACCAAAGGGACAAAGGAUUUUACGGUUGAUUUUAAGUUGGGCACCCUCGACGAGGCAAAAUCGACUUAUCCCGGUCGAUUUAUCGGCAGCGCUUUGACCAGGUGGCAAGUCAACGAAAACAAUUGGAGGACUCCCGACGAUUUCGGCAAGAUGGAGUUUGAGGAGUUCGAGGUACUCGAGGACAGUCUUAACGCAUCGGAUAACCAGCAUUCGGAAUAAUAUAUUAUUACAUACAGGAAACUCCGAUGUAAAGAAAAACAAGUGUACAUAACCAAGUUGAACGAAUCUUUAAGUCGUUUACGGUUCUCGUUAAAUUGUUACUUGUGUUGCGCGCAUCGUCAUUUUCUGCUUACGAAAAUAAAUACACGAUAAGAAAAUCUCCUCGAGUCUAAUCCUUUCGAUACCAAGUGUUGACACAUCGAAUAAAAACCUCCCUGUUGCUGCGUUACAUACGCAA